UGAGGCUGCAGGGGGUUGCGACGACGGACUACCUCAACCCCGGGAAGGCGGCGAACCCGCAGGGCACGGCCGCGAUGCAGCAGGCCAUGGCCGCACACCAGGCCAAGAUGGCACAGGCUGGCCGGAGAAGGGCUUCCGGAAGUUCAGCGACGCCGCCCGCCGACUCGCGCGUGGCGCCGCCCGGCUCGUCGCUCUUCCGGCCCAGCGCGGGCGUGGGGCUGGGGAUGCUGGACGGGCUCGGGGACGAGCAGGCGAAGAAGGAGGAGGAGCCCAGCACGCCAGCUAUGCGGACCAUUCGCGUGGGGAACGUGCAGUCCAAGGAGAGCAUCGAGAAUGACCUGCUGAAGG